AAUUAUUCAGGUCUGGUGAAAACGGGAACACACUGCAUCACAGGACGGAAAGUUGCAAUUAAAAUUGUGAACAAAGAAAAACUGAGUGACUCUGUUCUACAAAAGGAGGCCGUUUUCGAUUCCUAUCCCGAUCCAUCAACAGCCUUGUUAGCCUAUGACCUAUCAUGUGAGGCAGUACGGGUUGAACGAGAAAUCGCGAUUAUGAAGUUGAUAGAGCAUCCUCAUGUACUGCAUCUUUAUGAUGUAUAUGAAAACAAAAAGUAUUUAUAUCUACUACUCGAACACGUUAGUGGAGGAGAACUUUUCGACUACCUUGUCCGGAAAGGUCGACUCAUGUCGAAGGAAGCCCGAAAGUUUUUCCGGCAAAUAAUAUCGGCCCUGGAUUUCUGCCACGCCCACAACAUAUGUCAUCGAGAUCUGAAACCUGAAAACCUGCUUUUGGACGAAAGGAACAACAUCAAAGUUGCCGAUUUCGGAAUGGCCUCUCUGCAAGUCGAGGGAUCAAUGCUUGAAACUAGCUGUGGUUCACCACAUUAUGCGUGUCCGGAAGUGAUCAGAGGCGAAAAAUAUGAUGGUAGAAAGGCAGACGUGUGGAGUUGUGGCGUUAUACUUUAUGCUUUACUAGUGGGUGCUCUCCCGUUCGAUGAUGACAACCUUCGGAACCUGUUGGAAAAAGUUAAAAAAGGGGCCUUUCACAUACCACACUUCGUUCCUGCUGAUGUGCAAAGCCUUUUGCGGGCGAUGAUAGAAGUGGAUCCUUCAAAAAGAUAUUCGUUAGCGGACGUCUUUCGACAUCCUUGGGUAGCAGGAACGACAAGGAGUGACCCUGAGCUCGAAUUACCGAUGUCACAGGUCGUUCAGACGCACAUAAUUCCGAGCGAAGAAAGUAUUGAUCCAGACGUUUUGCGACAUAUGAACAGCCUGGGCUGCUUCAAGGACAAACAGAAGCUUGUAAAUGAACUCCUUUCGGUUCGGCACAAUACUGAAAAAAUGGUCUACUUCCUGUUACUGGAUCGAAAGCGACGACGUCCAGCUCAAGAUGAUGAGACUGAAAUUAUUCUACAAGGAUCAGCUCAACAGAAUGACCCACCAAAAAAGCGUCUAGAUUCUGCUAGAGCCAACAGAUACGUGGUAGGCAACAUAGCUGACGGCAGCCCUAUCAAUCCGAGGAGAACAUAUGGGUAUGUUGUAGCUUUGCUGUCGAUGACUACGCAUAUUCUGUGA